AUGUCUCCUUCACACCACGUUGCCGUCCUAGGCGGUGGACUGACAGGGCUGUCUGCGGCGUACCAUCUGGCGAGAAGACAUCCAGACAUUUCUGUGACAGUCUACGAGAAAGCUUCUCGCUGCGGCGGCUGGGUCAAGAGCGAACGCGUAGAUGUGGAGGAUGAACUCGGAAAUACGGCUAGCGUGCUCUUGGAAGCCGCGCCGCGGACCCUGAGGCCCAAUGCGCCGUCUGUACUAGAGAUGAUCAACCUGCUCGACCUGCGCGCCUCGGUCCUCAUGACGCCCAAGUCAUCGCCUGCUGCUCGUGCUCGUUUUCUAAGUUUACCGGAUGCGGAUGGACUCUCUAUGCUUCCGUCAUCUCUCUGGUCUUUAUUCACCACCCGUCUAGGUUUGCUUAUACUCCGCGCGAUCGUUAAAGAGGUCUUCACUCCUGCGAACCGACUUCCUGAUGUCACGGAUGAGUCCGUCGACUCGUUCUUUACCCGUCGUUUUGGUGCGGAUUUCGCGCGGGUACUGGGAUCCGCACUCGUACACGGCAUCUACGCCGCGGACUCACGCCUGCUGAGCGUUCGUGCUGCUUUCCCUACAAUGUGGGAGGCGGAAGAGCGCGGCGCUGGCAGCGUGAUCAUGGGCGAACUUGGCCCGCGCGCGUGGUUGUCCGCAUCUCGACGCUCCCGAGAUGCAAAGGCGAAGGAGGACGCAGAGGCGUGGGAGCUGGGCAAGGAUGCUGCAUUCGAGAAGCGCUUGAAGGGCGCUGCCUUAAUCUCGUUUGGGGAUGGGAUGGAGACUCUAAUCGAGGGUCUUCUUACUUCGCUUAGGAGCAUGCCGAACGUCGUGUUACAGACCGAGUGCAAUAUAACCAAUCUGGCUCGAGAGGGAUCCACAUUUAAGCUGCACACCGCCACCGAAGUCUACUCGCAUACCCAUGUCGCGUCUGCGCUUCCUUUGCCCACAUUACAGGCCAUCCUUGCACCUGAGCUACAGCUCCCACACCUUACGGCUAACCCUCUCCAAAGCGUGGCGGUGAUGAAUCUGGUCUUCUCAACCUCGGGAGCCUCCAAAUCGAUACACCCACCAGGCUUCGGUUUUCUCAUCCCGCGCCCACCCAAUGGCUAUCCCACGACGUUGACUGCGUCAAAUCCGGGGUUGCUCGGUGUCGUAUUCGACACCGCCAGUCUUGCUGCUCAAGAUCGAUUUCAUUCAGCUGGCGCUACGCCUGACAAGCCCUCCUUUAUCAAACUCACCGCGAUGAUCGGGGGUCCCUAUGGCGUGGAUAGCAAGCAGCCUCCACUACUCGAUGCUGUUCUGGGACAGAUCAGUAGCCGUCUGGGGACGACCAUCCCCCAUCCAGUGUUAACCAAAUUGCACGUCCAUAUCGGCGGCAUCCCAACAUACACCGUAGGACACUUAGAACGCAUGCGCGAGAUGCGUGAAGUGGCAUACCAGCGCUCAGAUGGGAGGCUGUUUGUUAUCGGCGCGGGUGUGGCUGGCGUCAGUGUUGGGGACUGUAUUAAGGCGGGAAGGGAUGUGUCCCGCAAUAUUGUAUUCUGA